AUGGCGAAUUCAAAGUACAACUGUCGGAGAUUGGAAAGAAAAGUGGCAUUGUUGACGGCAUCGACGGAAGGGUAUCUUUUUAUUAAUUUCCACAGAAAGCGGGAAAACGGUUGAUUGAAAAAAAUCUGUCGAAAUCCGAGCCAUAGAAGGUCAUCCUAAAUCUAUGGUUUCUUAAAAAAAUUUUUAAUUUUUUCAAUAUUCAACUGCUGGAAGUGUACAACUCAAAUCUUGAUUGCAAUUUGGCAAUUGCGUAACACUUCCUUGUUAGUUUUAACAUUAAAAUGACACUUUUACAACAUUGCAGAAUUGGUUAUGCCACUGCUGAACGCCUAGCGCACGAAGGAGCUAAAGUUGUGAUCAGCUCCAGAAACGAAGCCAACGUUAAGAAAGCUCUUCAACAACUAAUUGAUAGCGGAAUCCCUUCAGAAAAUGUGGCUGGUACAGUCUGCCAUGUAGGCAACCCAGCACAUCGUCAGCAUCUGCUCGACUUUGCUGUGCAGAAGUUUGGAAAGAUUGAUAUUUUGUUCAAUAAUGCCGGGAUCAAUCCGUCAGUUGGCGAUAUUUUGGAUGUUCAAAUGUCACAAUACGACAAAAUGAUGGAUGUAAAUAUAAAAGCGACGUUUUUGAUGAGCCGACUUGUCGCUGAACAUAUGAAACGGAAUGGGUGAGUAAGAAAGAUGCCAAAAGUCUGUUGAUAUAAUAAUUGAUGCAGUAUCAUCACGUAAAUUUUGUAAAUAGAGUAUAGCGUCUACAACAAACUCCCAUGAAACAAUAUCUGCCUGCAACGAACGAUUUCUGAUAUUCUAAGAGUCAAUUUUAGGCAAAGGUUAAAAUUAAUCUCUAUACUGUUGAAUCACUUUUUGGUGUUAGCGUUCGGCCAGGAAGUUGCCAAAUCUUAAAAGAGAUUAGAAUUUUUCCUUUAGAGACUAGAACCCCAAAAUAAAAAAAAUAAAAGAAGACUACGGUGACGGCUCUGAUCCAGUGGCAAAAAACGUACUAUUUUGCAUUCGGGAAGCAUCAAAAAAGUGGCAAAAUGCUUCCCUCCCCAAGUAAAAAAAAUUUUUUUUUGAAGGGCUCAUCUUUUUCCUCACUACAUAAAAGAGCGGGCGCACUUUUGAAAUUCGAGUUUUUUUCACUCGGAGAGGGAAACAUUUUGUCACAUUUUUGAUACUUCCCGGAUGCAAAAUGGUACGUUUUUUGCCACUGGGUCAGGUCCCCCGCUGAAGCAAGAAAGUUGUCCGCAUAGUACGUCACGCGUUUUUAGUGGCGGCGUAAUAAUCCUCAACGCAACCGUCGGCGCCUACAGGACCAAAAUGGGCAUUCUCCCCUACUGCCUGUUGAAGACGGCAUUGCUCGCGUUGACUCCUGCAUUGGCCCAUGAACUGGCUCCAUACAACAUACGAGUGAACACAGUGGCUCCAGGCGUUAUCGAGACUCGAAUGGGAAGCAUUGUAAGUUUAUUUGGCUGAUUUAUCGUUUAAUUUUAUAAUUUUCUUUGUAAUCGCUUUUCCAGUUGUUCGACAAAAACAAUCCACGUUACAAGUUAGUGGAGUCUAAGGGACCUACGCGUUGGUUGAGCCGCCUUGGACAGCCAAGGGAUAUCGCCGCUGCUGUGGCUUAUUUUGCUUCAGAUGAUGCAGCUUUUGUAACCGGCGAAAGCCAUCUUGUUAGUGGAGGAACUGAUGCUAGAUUGUAA